AAGAAUAAUCCAAAUCAAGGGUCAAUGUCAACUGAUUUUGAAUCGUCACGUCAUGGAGAUGUGGAACGGAAAAAUGAAAAAAAAGAAGUCCUCGUCGCAAUAUUUGAGGCCAUCCUUCUCUUUUUCCACACAUGCCUAAAAAGGUCUUUAAAACCAUCUCGGAUGAUAUAGAUGCCGGGCUACAUGACGACCGUCUAUACGACAAAGCCUUACAUCCAUGGCGUGCUCGACUCAGAAGAAUAAUGCUACCCCUCAUCCGUAUGGAAACGCCUUACAUUGCUGCGUUCCAGAAUAAAAUACGAACUCCAAUGCUCGAUGUCUACUUCCUAUGGACAGCCAACCUUGGCACGCAUACCUUUUUCAUGAUAUUCCUACCCUUGCUCUUUUGGUUCGGCUAUCCUCAAUUAGGCAGAAGCUUGGUAGCCGUUAUGGCAUUUGGAGUCUUCUGGUCUGGUUUCAUCAAGGAUUUUAUGUGUUUACCCCGACCAUUAUCACCGCCCGUUCAUCGUCUUACCAUGUCUUCCUCAGUUGCACUGGAAUACGGAUUUCCUUCCACUCAUUCCACCAAUUCGAUUUCCGUUGCCCUGUUCUUAAUGGCCUGGAUUCAGGAGCAUGUAUCACCAGACGAUCCCUUCCGAUUGCCAGGACUUAUUACACUUAGCGUCUAUGCCGUCAGUGUUGUGUUCGGACGAAUCUAUUGUGGCAUGCACAGUAUCACCGACCUUCUCGGUGGUGCAGCUCUCGCCUAUGUCCUAUACUGGUUCCAUUGGACAUUCCGUGCACAAUUCGAGGAAAUUGUUACUGGCGACUCAUAUUGGAUUUUCCUUUCGAUACCAUUGCUCUUUUUAAUGGUUGGCAUCCAUCCUGAUCCUAUAGAGCGAUGCCCCUGUUUUGAAGAUAGUGUUUGUUUCUUGGGCGUCUUGAUCGGUUUAUUACCUGCUAGUUGGGUAACUGCACACUCCUCUUACCCUCAGGCAGCAUUUGGUAUUGUGUCAGGAUCCCGCACAGCGACUGGCUCUACUGUAUUUUUGAUAUCGAUUGUCAAAGUAGUUAUUGGCGUUGCCAUAUUGUUUACAUGGCGUAUGGCCUGUAAAACUGUUUGUUACUUCAUCUUGCCGCCCAUUUACCGAGCAUUCAACUUGCCUCAUAGAAAGUUUGAAAUCGGUGCCAGAACAUACAAAAACUUGAGACAUGCUAGCAUUCAUCCUGUUCCAUCUGUACUAGACUUGAGGGGGCUCACAUCCAGUGUGCAAGCUUCAGAUCAUGUCGGUAUUCAGUCUGGUAUCGACUUGCACGAAAAGCGAGUGUUUGAAGCUCGUCACCGCUUCCAGAAUAAUAUAGACGAGAAGGUUGCAAACACACCUUCCACCCCAACCCUUGUAGCUACCGCCUUGCGAGAUAAGAACACCACGGAUGACUAUGAUCCAAGCUCACUCCUUAUUGUCGAGGACUCUCCCUUGAGAUACGACGUAGACAUUGUCACCAAACUAAUUGUGUACGCUGGUAUCGGUGCUUUAGCGGUCCAUGCCAUCCCCAUCCUGUUUGAAGUGACAGGAAUGGGAUUGGAUGCAGGACGGCAGUAGAUUCAGCCCCACUACCAAAUACUUAUUCCCACUCUAAUGUGCUUUAUCCAAGCAUUUUCGUUUCAAACUAGUACCACAUUUUUUCUUUCUGCCCUGUAUACUCUAUAGCUUUUCCAGCAAUGGCCUAAUCUUCCGUUUUUUCCUUGAAAAUUAAUAGCUUCCCACAAUAAUAACAGACUAUUUC